CUGCCGGAGUGCAUCUACUUUGUAACAUAAAAAUAACUUUAUUGUAAGAUGAGCAUUAUUUUCAUAACAGUGCCUGUUGGAAACCGUGGGGAAAUGAUUACCUCUGAGAUACGGCUAGCCACCAGAGGUUUUGUGACUGGCUGUCAUAGAGUUUUCCCUUCAGCAGUCAAUCAUAUCUACUUACACAGGCAGUUAAGCAUUCAACAAAGGAGAUAUUUCUUUUUCCGGAGACAAAGGAGCUCUGCUUAUAAUAUAGUUUGGCCAGGUACAGUUUCCCCGGCUCAUCCAGUUCCUAAGCACAUAAUGAAGCCAGACUAUGUGACGACAGGCAUUGUGCCCGACUGGGGAGACUACAUUGAAAUUAAGGAUGAAGAUCAGAUUCAAGGGCUUCGCCAGGCUUGUCAGCUAGCCCGUCAUAUUUUACUUAUGGCUGGAAAGAGUUUAAAGGUUGGCAUGACAACUGAAGAAAUAGAUGCACUUGUUCAUGAGAACAUCAUCAGUUGCAAUGCAUAUCCUUCUCCGCUAGGUUAUGGAGGAUUCCCCAAAUCUGUGUGCACAUCGGUAAACAAUGUGGUAUGCCAUGGAAUCCCUGACAGUCGAGCACUUCAAGAUGGAGACAUUAUCAACAUUGACGUAACUGUAUAUUUCGGAGGAUACCAUGGAGACACAUCUGAAACAUUUCUGGUGGGGAAUGUGGAUAAAUGUGGUCGAGCGUUAGUGGAAAUUGCAAGGAGAUGCAGAGAUGAAGCAAUAGCAGUUUGCAAGCCAGGGGCCCCCUUCUCAGCAAUUGGAAACACAAUCAGCCGCAUAGCGAGAGAGAAUGGCCUCCAAGUAUGUCCCAGCUUUGUUGGCCAUGGAAUUGGAUCCUUUUUCCAUGGACAUCCAGAAAUUUGGCAUCACGCUAAUGACAAUGAUUUUCCUAUGGAAGAAGGAAUGGCUUUCACCAUAGAGCCGAUUAUUAUGGAAGGAUCCCCUGAGUUUAAAAUUCUCAAGGACAAAUGGACAGCGGUAUCAGUAGACAAUAAAAGAUCGGCCCAGUGUGAGCAUACCAUUGCAAUUACAUCAGGGGGAGCGGAAAUCCUCACUAAACUGCCACAAGAGGAAUAGACCGACCUGGAAGCAAGAGAGGCUGAAAGCUCCCUCUCAAAUGCCUGAUAGCACUGGCGCAAACGCUGGCUGUUUGGUGAUAGCAGGGCACCCAUAGCUGGGUACUGACCGAUAGCUACAAGCCUCACUCAUCUGGAUAAAUUUAUAUAUAGAUAUUUAUUGCCUGUGUCUCAGUUCACUACACUGGCAGCAAAUGGCAUUUCCCUGGGCACUGGGCGGGCACCACAACCCCAGCAUUAAUGUAUGUGCCCCUGGUAAGGGUAAGGCUGCACCCCUAAGUGCCUCUGGGAAUAAAUACAAUAAAUGCAGGGAUUAUACUCACUGAAAGAUCGCCUUUACCAAAACGUGUUGUGUUAUAUGGUACUUUUAUUCCUAUUAAAUACACAAGUGCAGCUGUGUACAAACCCUGUGCAGUGCGCUCUUUAUUCUACCUAAUAUACCCCUACAUUAUGUGUGUUACCUAAUGUGUAAUUGUGUUUAAUUCGUGUGUGUGUGUUUCUGCAUAUUAUCCGUGCAGUUUUUUGGUUUGUGGUAAAUAUUCAGAAACGAGUUUGGCAAAGCAUUUGUAUAGCAAGAUCAUUAUUUUUGGAUGCAGAAAAGCGCUGGAUAUGGUUUAGCGCUGAUUACAACAUAAUGACAAACACACGGGCAAUGGGAAAAUAACCAGCAGCAGCAGAAACGCCAGGAGCAGCGCUAUUGUGGGUGUCAUAUUGUGUCAUUAGCAGCAGUUCAGCAGCCUCCAGAAUUCAAGCGCUUUUAAUUUACUAUAGAAAUAGUUUGGCAGUGCGUUAGCGGUGAGCAAGGCUGGCACUGACCCACAGCAACACGGCAACCAGCUCCAGUCUGUGCUUCUUUACUGGCCUCCCCCUCCUCUACUUGCCAGCAACAAUCUUCGCCUUUUUCGUCUCAUUUUUUCCUAGAGAAAUGUUAUUACGGUUAUUAUUUAAGAUUUCUGUUGCUUUUAGAACGUUUCCAAAAUAAAGUUUGCAACGUAUUUGUAUUAUUUAAUAUACAUUUCUGCAUAUAAAAAGGUGAUGCCAACUGGUUAAGCACAUCAGCCUUGCACGAUUGCACCCAAUGUAUUAUGUAGGUGUUCCAAAGAACCGUUUUAGAACUGACUUAUUCUGUUUCCACUUCUCAUUAUUGUCUAUUUCCUGUGGUAUUUAAUCGUUUAGAAUCAUCCAUUUCAUAUUUAACAAGUCAAAUAUAUAUUUAUACUGGAGAAUUCUUCCCUAGUUUCGUGCAUCUCAUAUAUAAAGCAAAUAUAUAUAUAUAUAUAUAUAUAUAUAUAUAUAUAUAUAUAUAUAUAGCAAAUUGUAACGCCAGGGCUACCCAAACAAUAUAUAUAUUGCCCCCUUCCCUGUGUGCUCUGAUCUGAUCCUGGCGCAAUAGAAUCAGAUUUGGGAACAGAAGAAUGUUAUUAUAUGAACCUUGCGCCUCCCAUAAUAUUGCUGUAUUUGCUUUUUAAUCGAUCGCUUGUUUGUAAGAAGUAAUUACAUCACCCAAGAAUCAUUUCAUUAAUCCUGCGUGAUUUUACCCACUGGGGUGGUAAGUUGUUUGCCUUGUAAUUACCCUGAGGUUGUAGUAUUAUUGUACACAGUUCUUGUGAUAAUUAUAAAGGGAGCUGAUAUACACAUUAAAUACUUUGGUUUUACCGGA